AUGAAGAGCUCUGCUGCUACUGAUAAUAGUAGUCAUCACGUGAAAUGUGACAAGAAUAACAUUAAUGAUGAUGGUAAUAAUAGUUUUAUUGAGCUACCACCAAAUUCUCGUCCAUUAGAGCAUCAGAUCGCUGGACAUUUUUAUGAUCAGUCUAAAACAAAAUAUGGUUUAUUACAACAUUCAAAUGGAGAUGUAUUAAAACCAUUGUUAAAUCCCCCUCGUGGUCCAUGUGAAGAACAAUUUUAUAUUGAUGUUUUUUGUCAAACAUCCAAGUCAAAGUAUAAUUCAGAAGAUUUAAUUAAUUUACGAAAAUUUUUACCACAUUAUUUAGGUACAUAUAAAUGUCAAAAAAUGUCUUAUAUAAUAUUAGAAAAUAUUAUUCAACCAUUUAAACAUCCAUGCAUAACUGAUAUUAAGAUAGGUCGUAUUACAUAUGAUAAAGAAGCAAAUGAAGAAAAAAUCCAUCGAAUGUCAAAAAAUUCAGUUGUAGCUGAAAUUGGUUUUCAGUUAUCUGGAUGGAAAAUCUAUCGUUCUAAAUAUUAUGAAUAUCAUGACAAACGUUGUGUUCGAUCAUUGAAUAAAACAGAUAUUCUACAUGGUAUUGCUUAUUUUUAUGGUGCACCAAUUCAUUUACGUUUAGAUGUUAUCGAAUUGGUAAUAAAUAAAUUAAAUGAAUUGCAAGAUUAUAUGAAACAACAGCAUACAUUUGUAUUGAUAUCAUCAUCAUUAAUGGUUGUUUAUGAAGGUGAUGAUAAUGACCAAGAGUUGAACAAAAGUACAUUUGUUGAUGUUCGCUUAAUUGAUUUCGCGCAUGUAUUUCCACAAACAAAUUCAAAUCAGUCUGAUGAAAAUUUUUUAUUUGGAUUAGCAAAUUAUAUUGAUUAUAUGAAACAAUUAUUAGAUAAAAAUUAUGUUUACGUACCAAUAGAUAAGUUUGAACAUGAUAAUAAAACAGAUACGAAAAUUUAUUCAUGCUACAAACAGUUGUUAACCUAA